UUCUAGCAGUCUCACAAUGCAAACAAACUCGAGAGAGACGCAAGGGAGUCACUAGCAAUAUCGACAGCUUCUUUGGUGAUCACGAGUGAUGGUGUUUUGCCCUUCGUAAAUGGAUCAAAGCUAAGACUUAAGGGAGAAAGGACCUCCUGAAAGAUCUAAAAAUGGCAAGUCGCUACUCGUCCGACGCGACUGGCAAGGAAGAACAAGUUCAUCUUAUGAACGAAGAUGAAACUCUCGCGUCGAGUGACUCAAGUCCUUCGCCACUACGCUUAAAUCGAAGAAGCUUGGUAAUUUUCUUCGGAGUUACCGUAGUGGCAUCAGCUAUAGUAAUAUCCACAGUAAUGGUAGCUGUCUACUCUGGAAAAGGUGGAUCAUUUUCUAAUAAAUCAGCCAGAAGUGCAGAUAAAUUUAAAUUUGAGGACAUUUUUAGUGGUCGUUUUUCUCCUGAAGGGUAUACCUGUGAUUGGAUAUCAGAUGAUGAAUAUAUCACUAGUGGAAAGGAUGGAUUAGUGUUAAAAGAUGUAGCUCAUGAUACAACAUACGUUCUCGUGGAUCCUAAGAAAAUGCAAGAGUUGGGGAUCCACAAGCACUGGUUUUCGCCUGAUAGAAAAUACAUUCUGUACGCAAAACAGGAGAAACACCAAUAUAGAUAUUCCUUUUUCGCAGAGUAUUAUGUUUAUGACCUUCAGACACGAGAAAUAGGGCAAAUAAAACCUGGUGUGGAAGGACAAGAUCCAAGUAAAAUACAAUAUGCAACAUGGGAUGAGAGUGGACAUUCUUUGGCCUUUGUAUAUGACAAUGAUAUUUAUUACAUGACAUCACCAAGAUCAACGGUUACACGGCUGACUCACAAUGGUGUAAAGCACAAAAUCUUCAAUGGAAUCCCUGAUUGGGUGUAUCAAGAGGAGGUGUUGAACUCUGACCACGCCCUUUGGUUCUCUCCUGAGGGUAAAUACCUGGCAUAUAUUCAGUUCAAUGACACUAGAGUUAACUGGUACCAGUUCCCCUGGUAUGGACCUUCAAGUGAUGCAUACACCUCCAUGAGAAAGAUUGCUUAUCCCAAACCAGGAUAUUCCAAUCCCACAGUUGCCAUUUAUGUGAUUGAUCUUGCGACUAAAAACCAGGUUGAAUUGCCAGAACCUGCUGACUUCAUGAAAAUUGAUCAUUAUGUGGUCAACGUAGCAUGGGCAUCAGAGGCAGCUGUAACUGUGACUUGGAUGAAUAGAAAUCAGGAUGAAUCUAUUCUUCAUAUGUGUGAUACAACAUCUUCUUUAUGUAAACUGAAUUCUGUUCUUAGAGUGGAGAAUGGCUGGGUAGAUGACAAGUACACUACUCCUCAAUUCUCUGCUGAUGGGUCAUAUUAUAUUACACUUUGGCCAUUUACACAACCUGAUGGUGCUGGAAAAUUUAUCCAUGUAGCAAAGAUGAGCACAGAUCCACCUCAGGGAAAAAAUGUCCCAGAAGCAUUAACAAGUGGAAAGUGGGAGGUUCAAAAGAUUCUUGCUCACGACAAUAUCAACGAGAGAGUAUACUUUACAGCCACUAAGGAAUCACCAACCCAGCUUCAUGUUUACAGCGUGGACAUAAAAACAAAACAACUUUACUGCUGGAGUUGUGUACCAACAGUAAUCGAGGGAAACUCUUGUAAUUAUUAUGGCGCAAGUUUUAGCCUGAAGGGAAGCUGGUACAUCUUGUAUUGUAAAGGGCCAGGAAUACCUGAAAUAACAUUACGUAGUACAACAAAUCCCGACAAAGUUGAUACCCUUCAAGACAACAGUGCCCUACGAAAGAGAAUGGAGGGCGUGGUUUUCCCCCAAAUAGUUAAUUACACGGUUAAAAGUGACGGCUAUGUCAUCUAUGUAAAGGAAUACCGCCCUCCCAACUUUGAUAACAAGAAGAAAUAUGCUGUGUUGUUUUCAGUGUAUGGUGGACCUGGAUCACAGAAGGUUGUGGAUAGUUAUGGGUAUGGAUUUGACAGUGGUUAUCUAGUAAGCAACUAUGACUUGAUUGUGGUGAAUGUCGAUGCGAGAGGAACUUGCUGCAGAGGGGAAAGGAGCUCUGUCCUAAUAAUUAAGCGAACAUUUUCAUUUCUCUUAAUGCAGUCGUAUGGAGGAUUCUUGACAUCGUAUGUGCUUGGUGUGAAUUCUGGUGUGUUUAAAGUUGGGAUGGCUGUGGCUCCUGUCACUGACUGGCGGUAUUAUGAUUCUAUAUACACUGAGCGUUAUAUGCUCACUCCACAACAAAACCCUCGAGGAUAUGAGACGUCGUCCGUAUUACCUAUGACAAAGAAUUUCGAAAAUGACAGUUUUCUUCUUGUUCACGGGACAGGAGAUGGUAAGUUAGGUCGUAUUCAUAGAGGUUUGAUGUUAGAAGAAAAGAAAUUUCACACUCUCUUAAGGGUAAAGGCUAAAAAUACUGCAUAGCAUCUGCAUAGUUAA